CUGUUGCUUACAUCAAAUACAAACAAUGCCAGUGAUGCGACGUGUAGAAACAAGAGUGAUUGUGAAAGAACGAGCAUUUAAUGUUUUAUGUAAAUAGUUUCUAGAUAUGGUGAUAACGAUUCGAAAUGCAAUGUAUCUUGUUCUGUUGCUCGUGAUAAAUGUGUUGUAAUCAACAAUUAACUCCGAAAAUUUGUGUGUGAUAUAUUAAGAAAGAAACUCCAAGAAUGUCUGUCAGUGGUUCGGAGCUUAAAAGUGCAUUGAGGAAAACAGAAUUUCCUUUUUGCGCAAGAGAAGCUCUUUCUCGGGUUGAACAGUUAACACAGAAUACCGGUCGCCCGCCAAGUAUCAAACACUUAGAUCUAGCAAUGGAUUUGAUGGCUGAAUUCAUCUUCUGCGAAGUAGAAAGACGUGGAGGGAAAAGAAAGAAGCUGACCUGUAUCCAAGAACUACAGCUGUUGGAAGUAUUGUGUGAUUAUUUCUCAUUUCGAGGAGUCAACAAUGAUUCAACAUGUAACACUGUUUUCAUGUCCUUAUUCCCUCCGACAAAUAUGGAGAGAUGUCGAUUUCUGGCCAAACUUGUGUCUAUGGCAAUUUCAACAAAAAAUACUCCUGUACUAAGUGCAACAGGCAUAUGGAUGCAGCAACUUGGAUGCACUUCUAAAGUCAGUAUGGAGCUCGUGCGGGGACUGGUGAAAGAUUAUUUUGUGCUGGUCCCAAAAGCAGUAAGUGUGCUACAAGAUUUGCCCCAGCUGGCGCCACACUUUACAGCCAAUUUUCUGACAGCUGUAGCAGAUAUGUAUGGCUCCGAAGAUAAGAAGAAUGUUACAAAUCCUCCACCAAAUGCUCUUUUGGAAAUUAUUACGCGGUGGAUUGCUGAAAAUCCUACUCUGUGUGCAGCUGCUUUAAAUGCGGCACCAAUGGUUGUUACUUCAGUUGGGGCUCAUUCAACACCUGUAACACCGUUUGCUGGUCUUUUCAAGUGGUGUAUUUUGGCUCCAGUCCUAGGGUGGGAGGAAGACAGUACUCAUCAAUAUUGGCGGCUACAGUUGGCCCUCCUGGAAAGUACAUUGGAGCAGCCUUGUGAGGGUGCAGUGUCAGCAAGACAUUUGGGCCAAAUGCUGAUAACACCACUGCUUUCUGCUUCAUGCCACAGUAGGAACAGGAAAUGUCAACAACUAGCUCUUGAUAGGUUAGCGCAGGCAAUCCAGGUCCUAAUGGCACAAAAUGCAAUUGUGGGAAACACACAAGAACUUCUCUCACAACUUGAAUUAUUGCCAGAAAAUAGGCUCCUUAGUCUUGUCAUCAAGAAACAUAAAGUGAUAACAAUAGUGUAAACACAGCUAAGAUGAACAAACUGAGCAUUUGAUCAACUGGCGUGUCAUAACAGCGAAAUAGUGUGCAAAAAUAAUAGCAAGUGGCUGUACAGGAAUCGUUAGAAUACAGUUCAUUGCCAUUGUGGAAGUCUUACCAAAGUUCCUCUCUUGCAUUAUAUUUUCCAUAUUUUGCUGUUUUACUGAAGUAACUGCAGAGUCUUAUAUCGUGUUGUCAUUGUCAAUUUUGUUUUGAGUCAUAAGCUCAAAAUUUGUAUCUCAUUAUUUUGUUAUGUAAAAUAUACAUUUACUAAAUUGUUAUAA